GUUUAAUGGAAGGUGACAACAUCUGACAGGGUAGUACAAAUCGACAGAACGCCGGAAAUAAUAUGAUCCUCUGAUCUUUGAGUGUAGCCUACGUCAGAUUUGACUGACUGAUACACAAACCUAUUACAUCCGAGGAUGAACUACCGCCUUAACACUGAAACAACACUGACGAAUAACAAUCUGGAAGGUUUUUAGAUAACAAUAAGCUUAUGUAUUUCUGAGUAUUGCAAAGACGAAAGUGAAACAGUUGCUACUCUCAGACAUAAAAAGAAGUGCAAUGGCCGAAUUUUUACCAACUUCACCAAGACAGAACUGGAGACAGCAUAUGGAUAAACCUCAUGCUCUGUCAUCCUCCACUGGUCCUCUAGCUGAGGAGCUUCAGUGCUUUAUAUGUCUGGAUGUGUUCACUGAUCCAGUCAGCACUUCAUGUGGACACAACUUCUGUAAGAGCUGCCUGAACCAGUGCUGGAACAGCAGUCAGGAGUGCAAGUGUCCAUACUGUAAAGAAACAUUCAGUAAAAGACCCAACCUCAAGACCAACACCGCACUUAGAGAGGUUGCACAAAUAUUUGAGAAAAAGUUGAGUCUGAGAAACUUUGUUCUCUGUGAUAUUUGCAACGACGUAAAGCUGAAAGCCCUGAAGUCCUGUCUGGUGUGUCAGACCUCUUACUGUGAAACCCAUCUGGAGCCUCAUCAGAGAGUCCUGAGCUUAAAGAAACACAAACUGAUGGACCCUGUGGGGAAUAUAAAGGACUAUAUAUGCCAGAAACACGAGAGACCUCUGGAGCUGUUCUGUAGAGAUGAUCAGACGUAUGUGUGUGUGUUUUGCACUGAUGGAGACCACAAGACUCACAACACUGUUCCUCUAGAGGUGGAGAGUAAAAAUAUGAAGGCACGACUGGCGAAGACACAGAAAGACAUGCAGCAGAUGAUGCAGGACAGAAUUAGGAAGAUUCUAGACAUCAAACACUCAGCAGAACUCAGAAAAAAAAGCACAGAGCGAAAGAAAGCAGCCAGUUUUGAGCUCUUCAGCGAUCUGAUGCGCUCCAUUGAGAGAUGUCAGGCCGAGCUGCUGGAGAUGAUGGAGGAGAAGCAGAAAGCAGCAGAGACACAUGAUGAAGAGCUCAUUCAAGAGCUGCAGCAGGAACUCGCUGAGCUCAAGAUGAGAAACACUGAGCUGGAUCGUCUCUUACACACUGAGGAUCACCUCCAGCUCCUACAGAUCGAUCCAUCCCUGUACAGUCCUCCACACACCAGGAGCUGGCCUGAGAUCAGUUUGAACACUGAUGUGAGUGUGGAGACUCUGAGGAGAGCUCUGACUCAACUUCAGGAAACUCUAGACAAGAAACUCAGUCAAACUGUUAUGAAGUGGAUGCAGCAUCAUGCAGUGGAUGUGACUCUGGAUCCUGAUACAGCUCAUCCAUAUCUCAUCCUGUCUGAUGAUGGGAAACAAGUCAGACAUGGAGACGUUAAACAGAAGCUCCCAAACAACCCGGAGAGGUUUGAUUACAGUGCCUCUGUCCUGGGAAAAGAGGGAUUCUCCUCAGGGAGAUAUUAUUUUGAGGUUCAAGUGAAAGGAAAGACGGGCUGGACUUUAGGAGUGGCCAGAGAAUCUAUUAACAGGAAGGGGCCGAUCGCAAUGCGCCCUCAGUGUGGAUGCUGGGCAAUUUGGCUGAGGAAUGGGAAUGAAUAUUGGGCUUGUGCUGGUCCUCUUGUCUCUCUGUCUCUGAGAGUGAAGCCGCAGAAGGUGGGGGUGUUUGUGGAUUAUGAAGAGGGUCUGGUCUCCUUCUAUGAUGUGGAGUCUAGAUCUCAUAUUUACUCUUUCACUGGUCAGUCUUUCACUGAUGUACUCUAUCCAUAUUUUUGUCCCUUUCCUAAUGAUAAAGAUAAAAAUUCAGCACCGCUGAUCAUCUCACCUGUUAAUUAUAAUGAAUGAAUGUACAACCCAGAUAUGAUAUUUCAAGGAAAAUGAAGCAUAGACAUGUUAAUCUAAAAAAAUAUAUAUAUAAAAAAAUGGGUCCUAUAUAUUGAACAUCUUUUAACUUGAGUGCCUUGUUGAUAAAAUAACAUAUUUUGUGUAAAACGCAACAAGAACAUAAGCGCAACUAUAAAAUAAGCAUGUUUUAUAUAAAAAUAAUUUCUAGCACAAAACAAGUUCUUUGUGAAUGGGCCCUAUUACUUCUUUGGCUCUGUUUAGAACCAUUUCUGUUGGUGGAGGCUUUGGGCAGUGCAAAAUAAAUAGAUUGACUACACUUUAUCUGUCAAGAUCAGGUCAAUAAACUUCCGUUAAUUCACCACCAGAGUUCAUCAUCCACAAUACAGACUCUCACGCUACACAGUACACCCUGGACUACAUUUCCCAUGCCCCAUUGCACCAAUAAUAUCACAUUCACCUGAUAACAAGUGAACACACAGCUGCCACCAUUUACACACACACACACACACACACACACACACACACACACAGCACAAUCAUUAGACACGCUUUAUAAACAUUGCACUUCCUCUCACACAUGGCCGAGUAUUGUUCUGCGUAUAUCCCUCUCCUAGUGAUAGCUGUGAUACAAAAGCCUUUCCGUGUUAGUUCUCUUAGACUUUUAUUAGUUUCUAGUUUUUGUAGUCUUGUUUCAAUUCCUUGUUUUCAUAGUCUUGUCUCUGUUUCUAAUUUUCAUAGUCUUGUUUCAGUUUCUAUUUUUCAUAGUUUAGUCUUUUUCUUGCCUUGCUGUUACUCGUGUUUUGACCCUUUUGCUCAGGAUAAUGGUUUACCCCUGGAUAAGCCCUCUGGAUAUUGUUUGCUUAUUCUUAUUCUUAGUUCUAUUUUAUUUUAUUCUCUAUUAUGUUUGUAUUAUGUGUAUUAUCCUUGCUGUACGUGUGCAUGUGAAACGCAAGCGACAAUAUUUCCCUAGGGGGAUAAUAAAGUAAAUCAAGUCUCUGUCCAGUAAAAGCUUGUGUAUGGAUCCUCACGUCUCAUCUGCUCCCAUGUUACAGUAUCUGAGAUGCUUUAGUUGCUAUUGUAUGGAAUAUCAAUGGAUCUGUAACGUAUAAGUCUACUAGUAUCCAAUUUUUAAGAAUUUUACUAAAUAUAAUAAAGCAGUAACCAGCAAUAUUGACUUCUCCAUAGUUAUAGGCAGUAGUUGUACAAGUAGGAUGUGUAGGUAUUUAAUAACUUUUAUUAACAAUUAAAAAAUAAAACAAUCAAAAAAUAUGGCUAGGGGAAAUGAACAUGUAAUUACUAUGGCAGUGCAUCAAAAUUCAGUGUCAUCAGUUUGCCAAGAAGAACACAGAACGUUAUAUGCACCAUUUAGAUGUGGUAGGGAGCAGGUGUACAUUUCUUUCGUGUGUUGGUGUUUUUAUGUUGUACAAACUGUAUUCUCUAUUGCCCUACACCAACCCUACACCUAAGCCCACCCCUUAAGAAAACUACUGGCAAUUUUUGCAUUUAAUAAUACGCCGUUCGGUACACACACCUACACACACACAAAGCAAAAUAUCCUAUAACAGGAGAGGAAGGCUCUGUCUCUGUAACACAGAAGGUCCAUCCAUGCUGACACUGAGUGAGAGAGACAGACAAAUCUCCAACAGACUGUUCCUGACAUGAGAAUUAUUUUUAUACAGUUAGGAAGUGAGUGUGUGUGCAUGUGUGUGUGCAUGAUAGCAGGACAUGAAACAAACAUUUAUUGCAUCACAAUCAGUAUUUUUUCAUAAAGUGAUUAAAAGCUGAAAUAUCAAUGUAAAAUAAAUUAAUAAAAGGUA